UGAAGCAGAGAGAGAAGGCGUCCUAAUUUAUCCUUAAAGAUACCUGAUAGUAUUAUUUAUAUAGGUAGAGGAAAUAUAUACACACACACACAUAUAUACACGUAUAUGUUUUUGGUGGUAAUGAGAAUGGCCCCGCAGAACGCCGACUCGGAAUCUCUGCAAGUUCAGGAGUUUCCUGUGCCCCUGCCGGAUCUGCAGAAGCCGGGAAGCGCGGAUACCCACGAUGAGACCAUCAGCGAGGGGUCCAUAGACCGGAUCCCCGUGCGCCUGUGGGUGAUGCACGGGGCCGUGAUGUUUGGCAGGGAGUUCUGUUACGCCAUGGAGACGGCGUUGGUCACGCCGAUCCUCUUGCAGAUUGGCCUUCCGGAGCAGUACUACAGCCUCACUUGGUUCCUGAGCCCCAUCCUCGGCCUCAUCUUCACGCCCAUCAUCGGCUCUGCCAGUGACCGCUGCACCCUGAGCUGGGGCCGCCGGCGGCCCUUCAUCCUCGCCCUGUGCGUGGGCGUGCUCUUCGGCGUGGCACUCUUCCUAAACGGCUCUGCCAUCGGUCUGUCCCUUGGCGAUGUCCCCAACCGGCAGCCCAUUGGCAUCGUCCUCACAGUGCUGGGGGUGGUCGUCCUGGAUUUCAGUGCCGACGCAACCGAGGGCCCCAUCCGGGCCUACCUGCUGGAUGUGGUGGACAGCGAGGAGCAGGACAUGGCCCUUAACAUCCACGCCUUCUCUGCUGGCCUUGGCGGGGCCAUCGGCUACGUGCUGGGGGGGCUGGACUGGACCCAGACCUUCUUGGGCGCCUGGUUCCGGACCCAGAACCAGGUGCUCUUCUUCUUCGCGGCCAUCAUCUUCGUGGUGUCGGUGGCCCUGCACCUGUUCAGCAUCGAGGAGGAGCAGUACAGCCCCCAGCAGGAGCGGGGCGGGGAGGUGGCCGACGCCCUGCCCCCCACCGCCCGUGCGAACGUUCUGGAUGGCGGCGUGGCCCUGUUCCCCGAGGAGGUGCAGUCAGAGCACGAGCUCACGCUGGACUACCUGAGCGUGGACAUGGUGCGCAGCAAGAGUGACUCGGUGCUGCACGUGCCGGACGCCGCCCUGGACCUGGAGCCCGAGCUGCCCUUCCUGCCCGACAUCGAGCCCUCCAUCUUCCACGAUGGCUCGUACCCCGGCACCCCCCGCAGCACCAGCCAGGAGCUCACCCGAGCCAGGCCGCCGCCCCGCCUGGCCUCACUGCUCAGGGAGACGGCGAAAGAGGACGAGACGCUGCUCGAUAAUCACUUGAAUGAAGCCAAAGUGCCCAACGGCAGCGGUUCGCCGCCGAACGACGGCCCCGUGGGCUAUAGCAGGGCGGACGGGAAGCCCGCCGCCGCGGCGGGCUCCAUGAGGCGGCGCAGGCACAUGUUCCGGCGGCAGGCCUCCAGCACCUUCUCCUACUACGGCAAGAUCGGCUCCCACCGCUACCGCUACCGGCGGGCCAACGCCGUGGUGCUCAUCAAGCCCUCGCGCAGCAUGAGCGACCUGUACGAGCUGCAGAAGCGGCAGCGACAGCGCUGCCGGCGCCGGCACCAGAGCGGGGCCACCACGUCGAGCGGCGACACGGAGAGCGAGGAGGGCGAGGGCGAGACCACGGUGCGGCUGCUCUGGCUGUCCAUGCUGAAGAUGCCCCAGGAGCUGACGCGCCUGUGUCUCUGCCACCUGCUCACCUGGUUCUCCGUCAUCGCCGAGGCCGUCUUCUACACCGACUUCAUGGGCCAGGUCAUCUUCGAAGGGGACCCCAAGGCCCCCUCCAACUCGACCUCCUGGCAGGCCUACAACGCUGGCGUGAAGAUGGGCUGCUGGGGCCUGGUGAUUUACGCGGCCACUGGUGCAAUUUGCUCAGCCCUGUUACAGAAGUACUUGGACAACUACGAUCUGAGCAUCAGGGUCAUCUACGUGCUGGGGACUCUGGGCUUCUCCAUCGGCACAGCCGUGAUGGCCAUGUUUGCCAACGUCUAUGUCGCCAUGAUCAUGAUCAGCACCAUGGGCAUAGUCUCCAUGAGCAUCUCCUACUGCCCCUACGCCCUGCUCGGGCAGUACCAUGACAUCAAGGAGUAUGUGCACCACAGCCCCGGGAACUCCAGGCGCGGCUUUGGCAUAGACUGCGCAAUCCUCUCCUGCCAAGUGUACAUCUCCCAGAUCCUGGUGGCGUCCGCCCUCGGGGGCGUGGUGGACGCCGUUGGGAGCGUGCGUGUCAUUCCCGUGGUGGCCUCCGUGGGCUCUUUCUUGGGCUUCCUGACAGCCACGUUCCUGGUGAUCUACCCGGAGGUGUCUGAGGAGGCCAAGGAGGAGCAGAAAGGCCUGUCGCGCCAGCCGUCAGCUGACGGCGGGGACGGCGGCCAGAAGCCCACUGUGCUGACGCUCUCCCGGAAGCAGGGCCCGCAGGGGCUGGUGGAGACGGAGUCCGUGGCGUCGGGACUUUCUGUCAGAUCUCACGUUUUGUUGGUGCUGCAGUUAUUGGAGAGUAUUUUUCUUCAUCAUCGUUUUAGAAAACCAUUUUUUUUCUUUCAAAACUGGUUUCCUUAGAAGAAACAGCGUUUCUUCUUUUCCUCAGAGAUUCUGACAGAUGGCGCGAGUAGCAGGCCUGUCUCUGGGCAGUGGGAGGCGGCAGCCGCCCCCCACCCCCACACCCACCCCCACCCCCGGGGAGGCAGGGCCCCAGGGACCCCGUGGGCGGGAGAGGGUGAUCGGAGGGUGACCUGCGGGGACGGCGGGCUGGGACGGGCACCCGCGGCGGGGCAGCGUUCCAACUAGCAGAUGGGCCCCCUGGUAGGCGGGCGCGCGUGUCCAUGCCCGGACCCCUGAGAGGUGGUGGACUCUUUCAUUGCACUUUGACUCGUGUUUAAACCAUUUGUUGGGGAAAUCAUGAGGGCAGAGCUCCAGGCGUGGCCUUGCCCCCUGGGUCCUGCCGCCAGGCCUACCUCGGGUGUGUGGGGCGCUGCCCCGGCGCGUGUGAACUCCUCAUGCUGGGACUCCUCUGACCUCUUCUGACCUCUUCGCCUGCUCCCCCCACUGACGCUGGGACUGGAGCAGUGGCAAAGUGAAGCAAGUGUCUGGGCCCGAAGGAAGGUCCACUCCCCCAGAGGACUCUGGCGGUGUUUUCUGCUUUCAGCGUCUAAGCCAAACCCGGACUUUGGGGAAAGUACAGUCACGAAAUGCUGCAGCUACUUGGGAAUGCUUUCCAAACCACAGUCUCUUUAUAACUGAGCAGUUUCUGCUUUUCUUACUUGGAAUGGUCAGUCUAAGCUUCCUGGUGUCACCUGGACACAGACGACGGUAAUACUUCGCUGCCUCAAGUUGUUUUUUAAAUAAAGAACUUUAGGAUGCAUGAACAAUCAUGCUGCAAUAUGAUCAUUCUAAAGCAAAUAUAUAUACAUACAUAUAUAUAUAUUUCAAGAUGAGACUAAGCAGUUUUUAAAUAAAUUACUUGAAUUUUCUGUGUA